AUGUUAGACACAACGAAAUAUGAAGAAACCACUAUCUCCACCACACCUGCAUGCCAGGAAGAUCCUACAGGAGUGAACUACAGGGGAAACUUAUCUCGCACAAUCCAAGAUCAGACUUGUCAAGCAUGGACCUCUCAGGAUCCCUAUCAACACACGAAGACUCCAGCUAACUAUCCUAACGCGGGACUUGACAACAACUAUUGCAGAAACCUCGAUAUGCGUUUCACUGCUUGGUGUUUCACCACCAAUCCUGGGACAAGAUGGGAUUUUUGUGCCGUAGGUUAUCUUGACCCCAAAUGCCAAGCCACACCAGCAUGCCAGGAAGAUCCUACAGGAGUGAACUACAGAGGAAACUUAUCUCAGACAAUCAACAAUCAUACUUGUCAAGCAUGGACCUCUCAGGAUCCCCAUGAACACGCUAAUACUCCAGCUGACUUUCCUAAUGCGGGACUAGACGAAAACUAUUGCAGAAACCCCAAUAUUGAGAACACUGCUUGGUGUUACACCACCGAUCCUGAGACAAGAUGGGAGUAUUGUGCUGUUGGUUAUCUUGACCCCAGAUGCCAAGCCACACCUGCAUGCCAGGAAGAUCCUACAGGAGUGCACUACAGAGGUCUCUUAUCACGCACAAUCGGAGAUCAUACUUGUCAAGCAUGGACCUCUCAGGAUCCCAAUCAACACACGAAGACUCCAGCUAACUAUCCUAACGCGGGACUAGACAACAACUAUUGCAGAAACCCCGAUGGAGUGAACACUGCUUGGUGUUACACCACCAAUCCUGAGACAAGAUGGGAGUAUUGUGCUGUUGGUUAUCUAGACCCAAGAUGCCAAGGUAGCGUUGUAUAG